UCAGCUCGACUAUUUCUUACGAUCCCUAACUCAACCGUCCAGGUGGGCGGGACCUCCGGGCGCGGGAAUCUGUUCGAGUUUCUGCUCGCUGGUUCUGGUCUAGUCCUAGUUCUGUUCUGGUCCUGGUCUGCUUCUUCAAACGCAAGAUGAUGCGCAGGAAGCGACCCUCGGGGGGGAAAACAGAAGGUUCUGCGUCCGUGGAAGCCGGUUCAAACAAAACGAAGAAGUCCCGUCCGACCGGGAGCAGGUCUAGGGGGGAAGUCCAGGAGGACGAUGAGCAGGUCCAGGAGGAGAGCGGUGGCCCGUUUGUCGUGAUGCUGCGGGCCGCGGGUGUCACUCUGGGUCAGGCCGGGACCGCCAACCAGAUCGCUGUCGACCAGGUCGUCUUUCAGAAGAGACUCCAGCAGAAGCUGCUGAGAAGCCCACGGUACCCGGGGAUCCUUCAGGAUUUCAACGCUGGGAUGGAGGGGCACAUGGAGGACCCAGAACGCUUCAGGUCCUGCCUCCUCCCGUGUGUCCCGAAGCUGACUGAUGGAGGGUCCGGUGCUGCCAGCUCCUUCCAAGAGAGCCUGCUGCGCAUGCUGCUGGGAAUGGAUCUGCUCCAGAACUCUGUGAUCAACAUGCUGGUGGAGAAGGUCCCAGAGUUCAUGUUGAGCAGCGGGGAUGACGGGGGGCUGAACGUUCCUCGGGUCAUCAUCAACCAGCUGAAGUGGCUGGACCGCGUGCUGGACAGUAAGGAGUUGGCCACUAAGCUGAUGGAGCUGGUGUCAGUGGCGCCCGUUGAGGUCCAGCGUGACGUCAUCACCAGUCUGCCCGAGAUCCUGGAUGACUCGCAGCACAACGACGUCGCCCGGGAGCUCAAGGCUCUGCUGCUGGAGAAGACUCAGCUGACCGUGGCCAUCCUCGACACGCUCUCCAGUCUGAACCUCAGUUCAGCUCUGCUCGCUGAGGUCCGAGGCGUUGUCACGGCUACGCUGACGGCUGUCCAACUGGAUGACCUGCCUGUGGUGGUCAAGUUCAUCCUGCACUCCGUCUCGGCCUCCGACGCGUACGAGGUGGUGCAGGACCUGCGUCUGAAGCUGGAGCUGGACCAGUGGGCCGUCUCCCCGGUGCUGAAAGCCUCCCAGAAGCGGCUGAAGGGAAGGACCCCCGCACCCAGCCAGGACAGUGUGGCGCUGGUCCUGGACGGCAUCAAGUCGACCAUGCGGUUCCAGAAGACCCUCUCUGAGGCCUGGCUGAAGGCAAUAGAGAACGUCACCGAGGCCAAGGAUCACAAGGUCAUCGACGUGCUGCUGCUGCUCAUCCUGCACGCCACCAACGCCAACCACAGCCGCCGCGGCGCCGAGAGGCUGCUGAGGCUCAAAGCGAGGGCGGGCCUCAUCACGGAGGAGCUCCUGCAGAGGACCUUCAAGGGCUACGCUCAGGUCAUGCGGGGGUUCUUCCCCUCCAUCCGGGCCCUGGCCCAGAGCCUGCUGCGCUCCCCCGACACCGCCGUGGUUCCCUUCGGAGGACACAUGUACCGCCUCUCCUUCAUCACCUUCGACUCCUACUGCCAGCAGGAGGUGGUGGGCUCCCUGGUGGCUCACGUGUGCAGCGGUGUGGGGGGGGAGGUGGACGUGGCCCUGGAGCUGCUCUGUGGCCUGGGGGCCGAACACCCCUCGGAGAUGGUCCUCUACGCCGUCUUCGUCAAGGGGAUCCUUGACUACAUGGACCACCUCACACCCCGGCAGAUCCGCCGGCUCUUCCAGGUGCUCAGCCGGCUGGCCUUCGGAGCGCCGUCGCUGGGCUGCAGCAUCCAGGAUGACAUGCACAUCGUGAUCCGCAAGCAGCUCUCCAGCACGGUGCCCAAGUACAAGCGCAUCGGCAUCAUGGGGGCCGUGAUGGUGGUGGGCAGCAUGGGGGCCAGCCGGCCUCAGGCGGAGGGCUCCCAGAGUGCAGCCCUGCCCCAGGAGACCUACAGACAGGUGACGGCCCUGCUGGAGCUGGUGACGGCCUGCAGCGUCGGCUGCCCUGAGGCGGCCGCCCUCUGCUACGACGAGCUGGCCAACCUGGUGCUGAGCAACAUACUGGACCCCACGGUGCAGGAGUGGAUCGGUAAGAGUGUGCUGGAGGACUUCCAGGAUGACUUUGUGGUCGACCUCGGCCCACAGAUCACAGGCUCCCUUCCCCUCCCAGCAUGUGUGCUGUUCAACCUGGACGAGGAGGAGAGUGAGGGCGGCAUCGCGGUCAACCUGCUCCCCCUGCUGGCCAGAGAGGUGCAGCACAGGGCUGAGCCAUGGAGCAGCAAGACCCCCAAGAGGCAGGUGUCCGCUGUCUGUCUCUCUCCGUUCUUCCGGCUGCUGAGGGUUUGUGAGGAGCGGCAGCACCAGGGAGACCUGGAGGAGAUCGACGCGCUGCUAGGCUGCCCCCUGAUCCUGACUGAUCUGGCUGUGGUGGAUAAGUUGGAGACCCUGACGAAGGCGGAGAGAGAGCUGAUGUGUUCGCUGCUCUUCACCGCCAUCAACUGGUUCAGAGAGGUUGUGAACGGCUUCUGUAGACUCAGAGAGACGGAGAUGAAGAUGAAAGUGAUGAACCGCCUCCAGAACAUCACCGCCCUCCAGACGAUGCUGGAGACGACACUAGCAGUUUCCCCGGGAUACAUCCCACCUCUCGCCAACUUUGACGGCGACGCAUCUGAAGCAGCCUCUGUCCCCACCUCCUCGGCUCAGCCGAGCAGGGCGAAGAAAGACGGAGCGGGGAAGAAGAGGAAAAGCUCCAGCAAGACGUCCCCGGAGAAAAGCGACGUCCUGGAGGAGUCUGAGGAGACCCAGCAGGAGCCUGCGGAGAAGGCGGAGAAGGCAGAGAAGGGGAAGAAGGAGGAGAAGGCGGAGAAGGGGAAGAAGGGGGAGAAGGAGGGCCGUCCGUCCGUCAGUCUGGGGGGGUACCGGCCCUUCUUCAGGGAGCUGGACAUGGAGGUGCUCAGUGUGCUGCAGUGUGGCCUGCUCCCCCGCAAGGCGCCCGACACAGAGCUCAACACCAAGGAGCGAGAGGAAGUCCUGCUGGGGCCGGCGGAGCUGCUCUUCCUGCUGGAGGACCUGCAGGCCAAGCUGGAGUUCAGCCUCACCGCCGCGCCGGCCAAGAGAGUCCCCUUCGCCAAGGGCCGGACAGAGAAGAGUGUGGGCUUCUCCCACCUGCACCAGAGGAGCUCUAAGGAGGUGGCCUCCUACUGCAUCCAGCUGCUGCCCAGCCUCUGCUCCCACCUCGAGGGCUGCCACAACCACUUCCAGACGGUGCUGUCGGAGAACGGGGGUGUGGUGGACGGGCCCGCCACGGACCCCCUGGAGCACCAACUCCUGUCCUCCGCCUACCAGCUGCUCCUUCAGGUCCUCAACACCACCUUCAGCUGGUCUGGGUUCUCCCAGCCGGGCCACCGUAGUUUGCUGAAGAGCGCUCUGGCGCUCCUGGCUAGCAGGCUGAAAGAAGGCGCGCCUGACUUGACCCUGGAGCAGCUGGUCAGACACGGCUUCGACUACCUGCUCAACCUCCGCAGCACCGUGCCCACGCUGGGGGCUGCGCUGGGGCUCUGCCAGCUGCUGGCCACCGUGACCUCCAGGGCAGGGCCCGCCGCGGCCUACAGGGAGCAGACGGCCUCACUGGCGCGUGGGUUCCUGACCCAGCCGUGGGUGAACGCCUCUGGAGAGCGGGAGAGAGGCCAGAAGUUCAAUGAGGGCCUACAGACUGUCCUCGGGAUCUACCUGGAGCACGUGGACGACGUGCUGACGGCCGUGGAGGAGAUCGCUGGGGAGGGCGUCGCUGAGCUGGUCAACGCAGCCAAGGACGCCAGCUCUGAGACCUGGCCCACCCUCACCAGGCAGACCUUCCUGGUGUUCUACAAAGGGAUGCUGUGGGAGCUGGAGAAGGCUGUGAAGAGGAUCCCGGCGGGAAAGAUGAGUGACAGCUUCGAGAGCCAAAGUGUGAAGCUGCUCACCUGGAACCUUGCAGUCCGAGACUUUCACAUCCUGGUCAACCUGGUGAAGGUGUUUGACGGCAGGCCAGUCGUCAACGCAUGUCUUAAGUUCGGCCGUCUCUUCCUGGAUGCGUUCCUCAGGCUGGGGAUGCCCCUGUUGGAUCACAGCUUCAAGAAGCACAAGGAGGAUGUCCAGAGUCUACUGAAGACCUUUCAGCUCAGCACCAGGCAGCUUCACCACAUGUGUGGUCACUCAAAGAUUCGUCAAGACACGAGCCUGACCAAUCACGUGCCGGCCCUGAAGAAGAGCCUGGAGGUGUUCAUCUACCGCGUGAAGGCCAUGCUGACGCUCAACAACUGCCAGGAGGCCUUCUGGACGGGCAACCUGAAGAACCGCGACCUCAAGGGAGAAGAGAUCCUCUCCCAGCAGGCCCGGGACAGUGAGGAGGAGCAGGAGGAGGAGGAGCAGCUGGAGGAGCAGGACGAGGAGCAAGCAGAGGAAGAGGACUCUGACUCUGGGGACAAGAGGAGGCCGGGCGGAGACCUGGAGGACGACAUCACAGACGACUCGGACGACUAAACCGUCCGAGUCCUAACCCCAACCCUAAAACAUGUUGUAUAACAUCCCAGUUAGACAGCAUGUUGGACAACCCUAAACUAAACCUAACCCAGUGGAACAACAUGUUUUAAGAACGUCCCAGUUAGACAACAUGUUGUAAGAACAGUUCGACAACAUGUUGACGUCCCAGUUAGACAACAUGUUGUAAGAAGGUCCCAGUUAUAGACCACAUGUUGAUGUCCCAGUUAGACAUCAUGUUGUAAGAACAGCCCAGAGACACUUUGAAAUUAUUGUAGAUUUUUUUCACUGGGAUCAUAAAUCAUACGUUUUUCAUGUUUCCAUUUGGUGCCAAAUGUGUUAAUAACAUGUUACACUGUUAUUUAUUUGAUUAAAAGCCAGUUAAUUGUUAA